AGUAAAUUCCCCUUAACCUGUCCUCUUCUAUCUCACAGAGGAGAAGAUCCAAAAAUGCACGACACCGUCGUCGCCAUCGCCGGCGACGGUGACGACUCCGACCGCCGCCGCCCCCUGCUCGCCCCGAACGAAGAGAUCCACCCAUACACUGACCCCCCGUCCCCUGAGCAUCCGCCUCUAGAUGCUGCGGCGGCGCAGCCCGAGGAGCAGCGGAAGCCGGAGAGAGUGGCCUCGCUGGACGUGUUCCGCGGCUUCACUGUUGCCAUGAUGAUACUCGCGGACGACGCCGGCGGGGCGUGGCCGGGCAUCAACCACUCGCCGUGGUUCGGGGUUACGGUGGCGGACUUCGUCAUGCCCGCCUUCCUCUUCAUCAUCGGCGUCUCCGCCGCACUCGUCUUCAAGAAAAUGCCAAACAAGACAGAUGCAACUAAGAAGGCUGCAAUCCGGGCUUCAAAACUUUUCAUAUUGGGUGUGAUUUUGCAAGGAGGAUACAUUCAUGGACGACACAAACUAACUUAUGGUGUCGAUUUGGAUCAUAUUCGAUGGCUUGGUGUGCUGCAGAGGAUAGCUAUUGGAUACUUUGUAGCAGCAAUGUCAGAGAUUUGGCUUGUCAACAAUAAUUUGGUGGAUUCACCUGUAUCAUUUGUGAAGAAAUACUUCAUGGAGUGGUUCAUGGCCAUAGCUAUUACAGUGCUUUAUGUUGCCUUGGUAUUUGGCCUUUAUGUUUCAAACUGGGAAUUUCAAAUUCAAACUAGCAAUUCAACCCUUUCAAUCCCAAGCAAUUCAAUUGAAUCAAAGAUGGUCCAAUGUGGAGUCAGAGGUAGUCUUGGACCACCUUGCAAUGCAGUUGGCUUGGUAGAUCGAGUUUUGCUUGGUGAAAAUCACCUGUACAAGAACCCAGUCUACAAAAGGACAAAGGAAUGCAGUAUUAAUUCUCCUGAUUAUGGACCACUUCCUCCGAAUGCACCAGAUUGGUGCCUGGCUCCAUUUGAUCCCGAGGGUUUAUUAAGUACGCUGAUGGCUGCGGUUACUUGCUUUGUUGGUUUGUUCUUUGGACAUGUUUUAAUUCAUUGCAAGAAUCAUUCAAAGCGAAUGCUAGUAUGGCUGCUAGCUUCUGUGGUGCUGACGAUCUCUGCAUUUUUAGUGCUAUUAUUAGGCAUGCCUUUCAGCAAGCCUUUGUAUACAGUGAGCUACAUGCUACUCACUGGAGGAGUAUCUGGGUUCUUGUUGCUGCUGUUGUACUACAUAGUUGAUGUUAUUCAUAUUAAGAAGCCCUUCGUACUAUUCCAGUGGAUGGGCAUGAACGCACUUAUAGUCUAUGUUCUAGCUGCUUGCGAGCUGUUCCCCACCCUUAUUCAAGGGUUUUAUUGGCGGUCACCUGAGAACAACCUGGUGGAUGUUACUGAAUCUCUGCUCCAGGCCGUCUUCCAGUCGAAACGAUGGGGCACCUUGGCGUUCGUCCUCCUGGAGAUAGUCUUUUGGUGCUUGGCCGCUGGCUUCCUGCACAUGAAAGGCAUCUACUUGAAACUGUAGAACCAAAUCGUCGACAGUUCUCUGAUGGACGGAAUCGAUGACCUGUAAAUAUUGGUGAAACGCCUGGUAACCCUGUUUUAUCUGUAAAUGCAACACGACUCUGGAACCAUGGGUCUAGUGGUUGAUUUCAGCACGUUGUGGUGUCAAGGUCGAUAUCAUCCGCCUCCAAGUAGACAAGGAAAAUGUAUUGCUGGAAGUUGCAAGUGUUUCACCACGUAAUCUUGCUGUUUCACACUCGUAAUCUUGUGAAAAACUCAAAAAUACUUCAUUGUUUUCUGGUUCUAGUGGUUUCGUAGGGUUCCUACUUCUAGUAUAUUUGCUAAUUAUUCCAUGGUCAAGUGGGUGACUGCCUGACUGGACAUGUACACCAUGCCCAACUGCAGAGCUGUGGUGCUUUUAUGAAAGUAAA